UCUCCGUGCAAGUGUGACAAGGAUAUUCAUUGUGACGACUAUUUUCCCUGGCCAUAAGAGCAACGGUCAACAGACACGCCAUGGCUGGGUUUGCAGCACCGCAUAAUCACUCACACGUAUUCCACCAGCACAGUGCCAUGUUCCCCUGCAACACGCUGGGAGGCCCUCAGGUCGCGCAGUGGAUGGGUGUGGGCGGGAACUACGGGCUGAGUGGAACUUCACCCAUCACGCCCUUCUACAGGCAUCAUGAUCUCCCUCUCACGCCCCCAGCUGAGUACCAACAGCGGCAGGCUUCUCGUGCUGUCUCCACACAGCAGUCAGAAGCAGCCAGUCAGUCAUAUCCCGUCGUUCAUCCCCACUACGCCCAGCAGCAUAUCAUGGGCGGCGUGUCCCCGCCCAUGCUCUCUCCUCCGCCCGAGAAACCCGUCACGCCCCCGAAGGAGACGCAGGUAGCCCCGUGGUGGAGCGCAGGCGGUUCCUCCACGCCAACCUCGCACGCCAACUACCACUACCACCACCAGCACCAGUACGCCAGCCUGGGCGCGGGGAGCCAGGCCAACGCGCCCCUGCUCCAGCCCCUCCCCAACGCCAUCGCGCAGGAGGCCCUUCUUCACCACCAGAGCAACAUCGCCGCCGCUCUGCUCAGCGCCCAGUCCACUGUCAAUGUGCGACGCUGCCGGCGCUGCCGGUGCCCCAACUGCCAGGACACCUCACAGGACACGCCGGCCGCCAAGAAGAAGCAGCACAUCUGCCACGUCCCAGGAUGCGGCAAGGUUUAUGGCAAGACGUCCCACCUGAAGGCGCACCUGCGUUUACAUGCUGGUGAGCGCCCCUUCGUCUGCCAGUGGAUCUUCUGCAACAAGGCCUUCACUCGCUCCGACGAACUCCAGCGACACCUAAGAACACACACGGGCGAAAAACGUUUCCAGUGCGUCGAGUGCGGCAAACGUUUCAUGCGCUCCGACCAUCUCAACAAGCACGUCAAGACGCACGAGAACCGCCGCGCCCGCGCCGCCUCUUCUCCCCCAGCCGAGUGUGACGUCGACAUCGAGCUCUGCGACGACGAAGCCAGUCACGAGCAGGCUGUCGAGGAGGACGACGAGGAGCUCGGAGGCGAGGACGGCCUGCCCGCGUUCGGCGCCGACGACCUGCACGUGCCAAUGCUCCCCGACUCGCCCAUCUCAGAGACCGACCAGCAGGAGUCGGAGCUGGAAAUGAGAGGCUUGGUGGGCGUGGGCCAAGCAAGCAUGAGCGGGGAUCGCCAGGCUUACUCGCACCGCCUGCAGGACAUACUAAGUGUGCCAAUCCCCUGUAUGUAGGAUCGCCCCGGAUAUCCUUGUCUGAUUCUCAUUUCAUUGUCCAUUGUACCUGGUAUCACCUUUGUCUAUAACUUUUGAUAAGU